AUGGCAGCAUUAAAACGUACCAUCGAUUUGAGCGGUGAAGAUCUUCAAGAAGCCUGGCAAGAUGUUAGAAACGACGCGUCAAAUACGAAUUGGGUUCUGUUGACAUAUGGUGAUAAAGGUGAAAUCGUAUUACGUGGUAAAGGUUCAGGCGGCCUUAACGAAAUGAAGCGGAAACUUCAUGACAAUCAAAUUUACGUAGGUGUUGUUCGAGUUCGAGCAGUUGAUGAAUAUGGAAGUCAUCGUGCUAAGUUCGUGUACAUCAAUUAUGUCGGAGCAAACGUACCAACAUUACGUGCUGCACGCGCUUCUACUCAACGAUCGGAUUUCGAGCGUUUUUUUCAUGGUUAUCAUAUACAAAUUUAUGCUAAUACUCUCGAAGAACUAUCAGAAGAACAUAUCAUCGAUUUAUUACAAGCAUGUGCUGGUGCACAUAAACCACAAGCUUACGAAUUCUCUUAG